CGUAACCUUACCAUCCCAAAAACUUUGUUUAAAAUACGUAUUUAGAUUAUGAAGAAGUGUUAAGUGUUGAUAUCUUAUUUGUAUUGACCAUACAAAUAAUACUAUAUAGGGCCUAGUAGAAUUUCCACUGAAGUGAUGAAUAUUACGUUUAUAUUUUAGUCAUCCGAUGAAGGCUAGGCCUACCAGCCAACUACGGAGGCUUAACAGAAAAGACAUUAAUUUUUUAGACUUUCAUUGUGCUGUGCUAGUGAGUGGGUCUGGGUUCUAAACAUCAAAAUGUACUAAACUUACUAGCCAGUGCCAACAACUUGUUGCAUUUUGUGCUUGUGUUAUGAAUGAAAAGCCAUAUUCAUUUACAAUGUAACAGCCUAAAUAAUGCUGUUUCUUAAGUUUAAUGACUAAGAACCAACUCCAAACCAGUGAAACAUUACGUUGGUUAGUCUAUGGUGAAACUAAAAUCUAACUUACACAAAUUUAGACUGUUAACUAUCAAGGUCUUCAAAGUACUACCAAUGCUCAGCUGGAUAUCUACUAAAGGGGAAAGCCAAUAUUGUAGUUAGAGCUGAAUUAGGCCCGUUUCAUUUUGAAAUAAUGUCCAUUGUAUCUCCAAGGGCAACACUGAGAUGGAAAGAGUGGCUUCCUUUACUCACACAACAGCAACGUCUUCGCAACCUAAUACAAAUAAUUGGAUUCAAUGUCAAUCCCUUUGAGAAAUGCACUCAUUUAGUAAGAGGAGUGGGUAAAUUGAGCUACUAUUACACAUUACAUCUGACAACAAUGUCAGCUCCAUUUUAUACAAGUGAAAAACUUGAAAGUGAUAAUCCUAAAUGGGCGGAUAUUGAGAUCAGCCAGGCAAUUGGUCCUGCCACAGGGGUGGUGAUCAGGCUGUGGUGCCACUCAGUGACUGGGGAGGAGAGUACGGAGCUGGUAGUGGCUGUAUGGGGCAUCUACUUCAGCGGCUUGGCGUACAUCGGUCCAAGACUUGUCACCUCGGACCCGUCACAGUUCCACAGCAACACGCUCAUAUUGCACAUGCAGGGUGGAUACUUCACAGCACCUCACUGCUUCAAGGAGCCCAGAGUCGAGCCUCGACGCGUAGUCUCAGUGCUCAUGACCCCAGUAGAGUUACGUCAGAGCUACUCCGUCAGCCGACUGUUGAGGCUGCAUUCACUCCAGCAAGCUAUCAAGCAACAUUCAGUUGCAGCUGCUUCUCUUAGAGAGAGGAUCUCGGACGGAAGUUUGAGUGGGAGUAGCAGUGAAGGAAAGGAGAGCGCCAUGUUGCGUCGGGUGUUACAUCGUGCCAAGCCUACAGGUGCAACACCACGACUACAUCAACAGCUGACAGCUGUGAAACGAGAAGUGGAGGAGGUGAGGUUCAGAGUACAUCUGCUGACUCAUGAGAGGGAUAAGAAGAAGUCAGCCUUGCGCAGGCAGCUGGAGGACAAGAGUAAACUUACCGAUCGAAUGUUGGACGAAGAUUUAGAAUUGGUGGAAAAGAAUCGGAUGCUUCACAAAGAAAUGGAACGUCUGAAAGAUCUUAAACGUGUUUCUAUUGAUGCCAAAGAAAAUCUGUUUUCUGUCAACCAAAUGCUGUUAGCUCUGAGACGAAAGCGCAUUUCAGAGUUAAAUUAUAUAUACCCCAUCAGUCAGAUUGGAGACAACAAGUUUGCCAUCUGUGGAGUCCAUCUGCCCAACUCAGAAGAUUUUGCUGGACAUGAUGAGAUUAUGAUCUCAGUAGCGCUGGGUUUUGUCGCUCACCUGGUCCAGAUGAUUGCGUAUUUCUUGCACGUUCCUCUCCGUUACUCCAUCGUCCACGCAGGCUCUCGCAGUAAGAUCAUCGACCAUAUCACUGACAAGAUACCUGAUAAGGAGAGAGAAUUUCCUCUAUUCUCUAAGGGCAAGGAUAAGCUUCAGUUCAACUACGGAGUGUAUUUGCUCAACAAGAACAUCGCACAGUUGAGAUGGUAUUGUAGCCUCACCACGUCAGAUCUCAGGUGUACACUGCCUAACUUGCUGGCUCUGCUGAACCUCAAGCCUAGCCUCAGCGGGGCUGGACUGGAGGCAGGCAAGCGUACAAUGUCCAGCUCUACACUUGAGCUGCAGGGUGUGAGAGGCUUGCGGCCGCCUCAGGCUCCUCUCUGCUACUCCCUAGACAAGGGCUUGGACCGGCUGGACCACGGCAGUCCACGCCUAGUGCCUCGGCAACGGAGCAUCACACACAACAGCUCCGAGCCCAACGAGAUCUUGGUACCGCACAGUUCAGAAGACGACGGACAGCGUGAGUUCCUCAACUCCUGGAUGGCGCAGGGCCCAGCGCCGAUAUGCUCUGACUCUGAGCGCAGCUUGCGUUCCAGCAAUGACAUCCUGCUGCAGGAGGAGAGUCUGGCAAGCAUCAUCAACAAGAUCAACUCUCCUUCCAAGUAUCCGACAAACAUAUCCAGAGACUCCACGGAUGCCUUCACUUACCAGAGUAUCCGUCAGGUCACGUCCCAAAAAUUCCGCUGCCUGCGAGCUGAGCCACCUAGUGAAAUGCAACUGGAGCUACUUGUCAUUAACAAAGUGCUGUGCUGCUUACCAAGUCAAUUCUGGGAAAUAAACUGA